CAGCGUUUGCUUAUAAUCAUAGGAAAAUUAAUAAGAAUGUCAGGCCCUCAGUGCUGCGCCAACCCGCCCACUCUGGACCCAAGCGCCGGUGCCGGCCAUGUAUUACAGCUCGGCGGCCUCAGCACCUACGUCGCCGGCUCCCCCAACUCCAAGCUUGCCGUCCUCAUCAUCUCUGACAUCUUUGGUUAUGAAGCUCCAAACUUGAGGAAGGUUGCAGACAAGGUUGCAGCUGCUGGAUUUUACGCGGUGGUUCCUGACUUUAUACAUGGAGAUCCCUAUGCGUUCGACAAACCCGAUAGGCCUCUACCAGUUUGGUUGAAGGAUCAUGGAACGGAUAAGGGAUUUGAGGAGGCAAAGACAGUAAUUGAAGCUCUAAAAAGUCAUGGUGUUUCUGCAGUUGGAGCUGCAGGCUAUUGCUGGGGUGCCAAGGUUACAAUUGAACUUGGGAAGUGUGAGCUUAUCCAGGCUGGUGUGCUAUUACAUCCUGCAUGGGUCACUGUGGAUGAUACCAGAGAGGUUAAGGUUCCUACUGCAAUACUAGGAGCUGAGAUUGACGAUUUUGCUCCACCAGAACUCUUGAAACAGUUUGAAGAGGUCUUAAAUGCUAAAUCAGGGGUGGAUUCCUUGGUUAAGGUAUUUCCGAAAGUUGAACAUGGGUGGACAAUCAGGUACAAUGCUGAGGAUGAGGCAGCUGUGAAGUCUGCUGAGGAGGCCAAUCAGAUUCUGUUAGACUGGUGUGUUAAGCAUGUUAAGUGAGAAUUAUCAAGUUAAAUACUUGUAUUUUACGUCUUGUGUUUAUAUUAUUAUGUGAGAUGAGCAGCGAUGUGAACACAAUCAAAUGCUAGUUUUUCCUGAUGGUUGACUAGUAUGCAAAAGUUUGAAUAAAUUGAUUAAUGUGAUUAAUGGGUGAAA